AUGAUGAGAGUGGCUUGUCGAGCGCCACGCGGUGCGUGUUUCCCUGUGGCGGUGAAAGGCCAUGGUGUGAUUGCUGCGCUGCGGAAGCAUCAUCACACGGUUAUCCAGCCGCAUUGCCAUGCGGCUACCGCCAGUGCGUCGCGCACGCGACUGGCGAAGCCCUCGUCGUCGCAGCCGUCGCAUCUAAAAUCGCCGAUCUAUGGCUGGCCCGUCACGGCCAGCGCAUACCUCGAGUCGCACGCCGCGAUCGUCGCAGCCUCGCCGAUCGCAACCUCUCCUUCCGCCGCGAUCCGCAACCGCCGCCAGAAGCGCCGCGCCGUCAUCUCCGCUGCGGCGGGCGACGGCGGGGAAGGUGCGCCGAAGCCGGUUACGGUUCCGGCGGCGCCCGUGGCGGCGCCUUGGAAGGGUGCGAACAUGAAGACCCUGGGAAUUUCGGUGGCGACGGGCGUCGCGAUGUGGUACUGCCCGCGACCCGAAGGCGUGGCGGCCAACGCGUGGCAGCUUCUGGCGAUCUUCCUCGCGACGAUCAUCGGCAUCAUCACUCAGCCGUUGCCUCUCGGAGCGGUUGCGCUCAUGGGUCUGGGCGUGAGCGUGCUCACCAAGACGCUCACCUUCGCUGCCGCCUUCAGCUCCUUCGGCGAUCCCAUCCCGUGGCUCAUCGCGCUCGCAUUCUUCUUCGCAAAGGGCUUCAUCAACACGGGUCUCGGCAACCGCGUUGGUUACCAGUUCGUCGCCGCUUUCGGCAGCACGUCGCUCGGCUUGGGCUACAGCCUCGUGCUCUCCGAGGCCAUGCUCGCGCCCGCCAUCCCCUCCGUCUCCGCGCGCGCGGGCGGGAUUUUCCUUCCGCUGCUCAAGGCGCUGUGCCAGGCGUGCGGAAGCCGCACGGACGACGGCACUGAAAAGAAGCUCGGCGCGUGGCUCGUGCUCACCUGCUUCCAGACGUCCAUCGUCUCGUCCGCCAUGUUCCUCACGGGCAUGGCGGCGAACCCGCUCGCCGUGAAUCUUGCUGCAGGCGCCAUCGGCCACACGAUUGGGUGGACGGAAUGGGCCAAGGCGGCGCUGGUGCCGGGUCUCAUCUCGCUCGCCGUCAUGCCCGCGCUGCUCUACGUCAUCUACCCGCCGGAGAUUAAAGCCAGCCCCGACGCGCCCAAGCUCGCGCGCGAGAAGCUCGCGGCCAUGGGGCCGAUGAGCACCAACGAGAAGAUCAUGGCGGGCGUGCUCGUUGGCACGGUGGGUCUGUGGGUGUUUGGCGGCGUGUUGGGCAUCGACGCGGUAACGGCAGCCAUCAUGGGGCUCAGCGCGCUGCUCAUCACGGGCGUGGUGACGUGGAAGGAGUGUCUGGGCGAAGGCGUGGCGUGGGACACGCUCACGUGGUUUGCUGCUCUCAUCGCCAUGGCCAACUAUCUCAACAAAUACGGGCUCAUUGCGUGGUUCAGCAAGACCGUUGUCAAUCUCGUCUCCUCCAUGGGUCUCGCCUGGCAGCCCGCCUUCGGCCUCGUCAUCCUCUACUUCUACUCGCACUACUUCUUUGCCUCUGUCACAAUCAUCUCACUCCCUUGUUCUUUUCCCUCCCUUCCCCCAACCCACCAGCUCGUCUCCUCCAUGGGUCUCGCAUGGCAGCCCGCAUUCGGUCUCCUCGUCAUCCUCUACUUCUAUUCGCACUAUUUCUUUGCUUCCGGCGCCGCACACAUCGGGGCCAUGUUCGUCGCAUUCAUCUCAGUCGCCUCGGCCCUCGGCACUCCUCCCCUGCUCGCCGCCAUGGUUCUCUCGUUCAUGUCGAACCUCAUGGGUGGGAUUACGCACUACGGGAUUGGGUCUGGCCCGCCGUUUUACGGGUCGGGGUAUGUGUCGCUCAAUGAUUGGUGGCUCUACGGGUUUAUCUGCAGUGUGGUGAAUCUGGUGAUCUGGCUCGGCGUGGGUGGUCUGUGGUGGAAGUUUCUGGGGAUCUGGUAG